GAAACCCCUGCCCAGAUUUGGAAGAAACUGGAAGAACAGUUUCAACAAAAAUCCCUAACCAACAAAAUUUUCUUGAAGGAAAGGAUUUUUGGGUUUAAAAUGAGUUCAUCCAAAUCUCUUGAUCAAAAUUUGGAUGAAUUCUAUAUUUUAAUGUAGCCUUUUGUUCUUAAAUUUUUUUACAUUUUUUAUGUACAACAUCAACUAUUUACUAAUUUUUAAUUUGUAUUUUUUUUCAUUUAGAAAGAAAAGAAAAAGAAAAUGAUUAUGAUAUACGACACACGUGUAUAUAAAUGUACAGAAAAAAAAAAAAGAUUUCAUCGAAAGUUUAAAAAAAAAAAAUAAUAGAAAAAAUACUUUUGUUUAAAUAUCUGUAAAAAAUUUAUUUUGAAUUGUAUUAUUAAAAAAAAUCAUGUUAUAUAUUUAUAAAAGAUAAGAAAGAUAUUUGUAGGGAGUUUAAAUUUAAAUGAUAAUAUUAGAGUAAAAUCUUUUUUCUCUUAAAAUAUCUAAAUUUUAAAUUGAAUACAUUAUUAUAUUUUUUUAAAGCCCAUAUUGUUCACUAUAUAUAAGUGAUUUCCUAUUAAAUCUAGUGGAAAAAAAUUGACACCGUACUCUCGCUCACCUAACUCACGAUCACAUUCUAAAGAUAUCUCUAUUGAUUUUACCAUGAUUUACUUUAAAAGAAGUACGUUCUUUUUACUAACAUUAUAAAAAAAAAAUAUAUUUUUCAUGCGAUGAAGACGAUGUUGAUUAUUAAUAUGUAUUUUUAUUGUUGUUACAGGAAAGCCAAUCGAAGCCAGGGACAAAGUGUCAGACUUACCUACAUUUAUCUUGCAUCGUAUAUUAUCAUUACUCCCCAAAAUCGAUGCUGCCAGAACUUGUGUGCUCUCUAAAAAAUGGAAUUGUGCAUGGAAUUCUUUCCCAGAAUUUGAAUUUCAUGAAAUUCUUUUUACAAAACAACGACCUAAUUUAACGCCAGAGUACUUGUUGAAAUUUCAUGACUUCAUAAAUAUAGUUAACAACUCGUUAUAUAGAUUCUUUCAUCACCACAAACCAAUAUUCCAUAAUGAUAAGUUGAUAAUCCAAAAAUUUGCUCUCUCAUUGAAUAUACCUCGUGUUGAUUGUGCUGAUUCUCUAGUUUCAACGGUCAAUAAAUGGGUCAAAUCAGUUAUGGAUAAUGGUGUUCGAGAUUUAUUUUUAAAGAUCUCCAUAAGUGGUAAACCAUAUUAUAUUCUGCCUGAAAAUACUUUUCAACAUGGAAAAUCAUCAAUCAACGGAGGCCCCUCUUAUUCCAAAUUUUCCUUUUUACAAAGGCUUGUACUAUACUCUGUUUAUAUAACUGAAGACAUUAUCAGAGACAUCACACAAAACUGCUCCAACAUCGAAUUUUUAGGUCUUUAUUGCUGCCACGGACUGGAAUCAUCUCUUGAUAUUUCCAAUCUAAGUAAACUCAAGUGUUUGAAAGUUUUGGGCAAUCGUGAACACUUGUCAAGAGUUAACAUCAAUGCACCAAAUCUUACCACCUUUUGUUUGGAGUAUUCUUAUGUUCACAGUAAUCACCAACAACGACGUUGUUGUGAGAUGAGUUUGAAUUGCCCUAACCUCAAAUCCUUAAGGUUGGCCCAAUGUGGCAUUACUGAUCGCACACUUCAUUCGAAUCUUUCUAGGUUGCCUCUCCUAGAAUCCCUAGAUAUUAAUGACUGUUACUUGUUGCAUAUGAUAAGGAUUUCAGCACCAAGGCUCCAAAACUUUUGUCUUAGUGGAAGUGGCAACAUUGAGAGUGUUGGAGUUAAUGCUCCCUUACUCGCAUCAAUUGAAUACACAUCUUAUAAUACUAAUUAUAAAGACCCAAUUAUAUUCUUCCCCAACAAUGAACAACAUCCGACUGAAGUUGUUUAUGAAAUUGACCGACACAAUGUGCUUGAAACUUCUUGGUUCCUUCAGCUAAGGGAAUCUCUUCAAGUUUUCUAUACUCACAGUAAAACAUUCCACGUAUACUUCGAAGACAGCAAGGUUAGCUUUAAGGUUGAAGAGUUGCAAGAAGUUGCUAUUCCUCCGGUGGUCGAAAUUGAGGAUUUAGUGUUGAAAUGUUCGAGAUCAAUAACCAGUUUUGCAAAUCUCAUAGAUGGGCUGCUCUGGAGUUGUUACCCCAAAAAAGUAUCUAUUUGCUCGGAUUCCAUAUACCAAAGAAACUGCAUACUGAUUCUUCGUGUGUUAUUGGAGAGAGCAAUUACAAGUGAAUGCUGCGUCUCUCUUAACCGAAGAUGUUGGCGGCAUGACUUAAAAAGUGUAAGCAUGAAGAUCUCCCAAAGAACAAAUGCUGAAGAUGAGCCGCGACUUCAUUGUUGGAAUCAGUUGCCGGAUACAUGGCCAGUGCUUGGAGAUUUCGAUCAAGUAUUCUUCCAUUUGGUCUGGGAGUAUUGAAUUCAAGUAAUUUACCAUUUACAAGUGAAAAAUGUCUAUCAUGUACA